GCUGUUCGGGGUGGAAGCCUGGGGCGGUUGCGGGGGUUCGCAGGCGCAGGCGCAGGCACAGGCGCAGGCACAGGCGGUGGGCAGAGAUUUGGAGGCUGGAGGGGGGCAGGCAGUCGCAGGGAGGCGUGCUGCCGACUAUGAGGCAGACGGGGGCCGAGUUGUCGGGCGCAUGCAGAGGUCAGCCCAAGACUCGGUGUGCAGCUUUGCGAGGCGGUGCACCGUUCGCGGAGCGAAUGACGAUCGAUCAGGGCGCGAGUCUAGGUUUGGGGGUCCAGCGCGACGUUCCAGGGUCGCCAGGCCUCCAGCAGCAGCAACAGCAACAGCAACAGCAACAACGGCAACAACAGCAACAACAGCAACAACAGCAGGUAAGCAGAAUGCGCGCAACAACAAGAGACAGGAGGAGAAGCAAAAAUAUACAAGAAGCGGCGCCGCGUAGAAUUUCUAGCCCCAGCCUGCGGGAGCUGCCCUGCUAACGUUGGGGAUCCUCUCUAAUUUCCUGCCCAUGGUCACUGCGCCGUCGCCCGCCCACCCCUGACGACCGGCCGGUACCACCAAAACACCCAUUCCAGCUUGCUUCGAGACUAUUCCUGAAUCCGGCGACCGCAUCUCGUGUCGUGCACAGUCUCUACUUGGUCGGU